CCGUAAGCUGUAACAUGUUCUGGGACUGCAAGAGAAAAAGAAAAAGACUCAAAACCCCAACUCAAACCUUGGGUUUAUCAAUGCAACAACAAAAAAACAAAACAAAAACCCUUCCCACUUACCACCUUCUUUAUCUUAUACUAUUACUAUAUUCUUUAGUUUCUUACCCUAACUGUUUGAAAUUUGAAUACUGUUUAAUUCCAUUUUUUUAUUUUUUUCUCAUUUCCAACUCCCCAUGUUUAAGCCCGCGUCUCACUCUCCCUUUCUUUGACUACCUCGGUCACAUCACACCACCCACAUUUCUCUUGACCAACCACAGGUUCCAUUUUUUUUUUACGCUGUUAUUUAUUUUUUCUUUCAGGCAUUUCAUCAAACAGGUUUCUCAUUUCAAACAUGGAUGAACGGCCUCAAGAAAAUGUUAAGUUUGAAACUUUUACCGUCACCAACACUCUCAAAGAUCUUUGUUUGAAUAAUAACAGUGUUAGCAUUUCUGGGUCUGAUUCCCUUAUUAGUUGUAGCAAUAAUGGGAGUAGUAGUAGCAGCAGCCUUCAAGAUGUUAACAUCAAUAAGAACAGUGUUAGCAUUAGUUUAUGUAGUAGUGUUUCUGAGUCAGCUAAUAAAAUUAGUGUUAGUAAGAAUGCCGAAAGCAGUGACUGUGAAGAGAGUGAAAAGAGUAGUUUCAGGAGUUUUUGUCCAUCGAAACCUCAUAAAGGAAAUGACAGAAGAUGGGAUGCAAUACAGUAUGUUAAGGGAAAAGAUGGGGACUUGGGGUUGGCUCAUUUUAGGUUGUUGAAAAAGUUGGGGUGUGGAGAUAUAGGGAGUGUUUAUUUAGCUGAGUUAAGAGGGAUGGGAUGUUUGUUUGCAAUGAAGGUUAUGGAUAAAGGAAUGUUAGCUGGGAGGAAAAAAUUGUUGAGAGCACAAACUGAGAGACAAAUAUUGAGUUUAUUAGAUCAUCCAUUUUUACCAACCCUUUAUUCACAUUUUGAGACUGAGAAGUUUUCUUGCUUGUUGAUGGAGUUUUGCAGUGGUGGGGAUCUUCAUAUUCUCCGGCAGCGACAGCCGGGCAAACAUUUUACCGAACCAGCAGCACGGUUUUAUGCUUCGGAAGUCCUUCUAGCCCUCGAGUAUCUACACAUGAUGGGGGUGGUGUAUAGGGAUUUAAAGCCCGAAAAUGUGUUGGUCAGGGAGGAUGGCCACAUUAUGCUAUCUGAUUUUGAUUUGUCAUUGCAAUGUUUCGUCAAUCCCACGCUUGUGCAGUCCUGUUCUGAGCCAUCAUGUAGAAUCGCUUCAUACUGUAUUCAGCCAGCAUGUAUUGAUCCAGCAUGCAAAUUACCAGUAUGUGUAGAGCCUGCUUGCUUGCAGCCAUCUUGCUUUAAGCCUCAGUUUCUCAGUUGCAAAACAACGAAGGUGAAGAGUGAAAAAACAAAUUUGGUGAACUCAGAUUCAUUUCCUGUACUUAUUGCAGAACCAACUAACGCUCGCUCCAUGUCAUUUGUUGGGACUCAUGAAUAUUUAGCUCCUGAGAUUAUAAGAGGAGAUGGUCACGGGAGUGCUGUUGAUUGGUGGACAUUUGGUAUUUUCUUGUACGAAUUACUACUAGGACGAACACCGUUUAAAGGCAACGAUAAUCGGGAGACAUUAUUCAAUGUGGUUGGUCAGUCCCUAAAAUUUACAGAGGGAUCUUCAAUCAGUUUUGCUGCAAAGGAUUUAAUCCGUGGUCUGCUUGUGAAGGAUCCACAAAAGAGAUUAGGCUUCAAAAGAGGUGCCACUGAGAUCAAGCAGCAUCCAUUCUUUGAAAGUGUUAACUGGGCUCUUAUCCGCAGUACGCAUCCUCCGGAAAUCCCUAAACCCAUUGAUAUCCCAUUGCUAAACCAAGCAUUUAAGUCAUCCUUGCCUUCAAAUGACAAGGGAGCCACAGACUCAGACAGGUCAUCUGGUCCUUACUUAGAUUUUGAGUUUUUCUGAAUUUUCACGGGAAGCUAUAGUAGUUAGUUUAGAUUGUUGAUGUAUGUUCAUGUUCUCAAUGAAAUCUCCCUUUUUUUUCCA